AAGCACUUCUCGCUAUACUCUCCUACUAUCGUCAUUAUGUUCCGUAUUUUCUAAAUUUAAAGUUUCAUAUUGACUCUUCUUUAAUAAAAUUCCUGGAUUUUAAAGUGAUCAUACGAUAAGGGAUAUCAAAAUGUUUAGGAAUUGGAUAUUGCAGGACCUUUCUCAUGCGUUCCCACCGAGAUCGUUACAGACAAUAGGAACAACGAGUUUCCACACAAAUCAAAUUAAAAAUCGUGGAUUUUGGAAUCUCUUCGAAUUUUCGCGUAAAGAGAACAAUUCCAAGGAUGCAGAAGAAUUAUCUGACAAUAAAUCAAGGACAGAUUGCAAUUCGACGAAAACGGCGUUGAAACGCGACGACAAAUUGAACGAUGUAUCGAAGGACACGGCGGCAUUAUCACGUACAGUUAUGACAAAUUCGAACAAAGUAUAUUCAUUUAAAGACAUAUCUAAGUGCAACUAUACAUUUCGUUACGUACCACGAAUAAAAUCUAAAAAGAAAAAUUCAAAAACUAAUUUUCAAAAGUACGACGAGUUCACGUCUUUGCUCGAUGGAAAUUUUGUCCCGACAAAUAUGAAAUUGAAAUUAAAGGGUUACAAGACCCUUAGAAACGAACAGGCUAAAGAUUUUGCAUUUAUACCUGGUGAUAAAUCCUUAGAUUUGGAUCUAAUCCCGACAAAAAAUGAGGAGGAAAAUAUUUCCUAUCAGUCAUCCAAACCAACUGUUUCGAUGGACGUAACAAAGUUACAGACGGUACCUUUGAAAGAAACGAAAGACCACAGUGAAAUAGAAUCAAACAUUCUGUUUCCUUCUGAAAACAAAAUUUCCAUGAACGAUAUUAAUCCUGAUGAUGCAUCAAUGUCAAUGUUGAAACAUACAUCAAAGAAAGCGCAAGAAUCGUCAUAUGAUUUCAUGAACGUAAAGAAGAAAAGUGAAACGAGAACUAUGUUAGAAGAAAGUAUCUUACCCGAAAGAAAAGAAACAAAAACCGAGAGUUUGUUUCAAUUGGAAAGUCAGAACCAGGUUAAAUCGCAAAUUGAACCAAAGGAAACUCAACAGGGGUUCGAGUCUAAGGUUCAACAAUUACAGGAUAAGAAAAAAGAUGAAGUUCGGUUACAGUCUGAUGAAACGGCAAUGAACUAUCUAAAGGAAGAAACGUUAACGCUUAACAGUCAAAAUAACUCAAAGAAUCCUUCAAAAGAUCUGUCGAAGCAAGCUGAUCAAGCUGAAUUGUCGCUAAAUUCAUUAAAUCAGUCGAAAACUCAGAAUAACUUUAAGGAGUCAGAUAAUGUUAAUAAAAUCGGACAAAGUUCGGCAUCGUAUUUUCUUUCGAGGCGAACGAAUAUCAAGAGGACGCUCUCUGAUAAUUCAAAGAGUAGUUCAAGUGCUAGAAAUCUAAAGGAUAAUGCAACAGCGAUGUCCAACUUUAGAUCGAGCACGAAGAUACCUAGGUACAGUAUGUACGAAUCGAGGAAAGAACAGCAAAGAAGGGCUUCCUCGCCGUGUGAUAUAACGUUCAUUAAAGCACGAGAGAAUUCAACGAAGCAAAGAUGGUCCGGUUUCGAUCGGCCUACCACCAGAUGUUAUCCCGGUGGAAGUUCUGGGAGUCACAACUCGAGAUCUCAAGGAUCUACGCAUCCUUACCCAUCUACCGUGCAGACUCGCGAGGUCUCCUCCAAGUGUUACGCCAAAGAGAAAGAUCCAAUCGUCAGAUCGAAUAUCAUCUCCUCGUCUUCCAAGAUGUUGAAAACGAGAAACUCUGUUACCGGUGGUUCUAUAACUCCUACUAACAUUGACAAUCGCAAACUAUAUUCAAAUAUCAACUCAACAAAGAGGACUUUGCUAGGAUCGAAGUCAUCUACAGGCUUGACGAGUACGCCACAAUCAUUCGCUUAUGGAUGUUGCAAAAAACCCAAAAAAUCUUGCCAGAAAAAGUGUAAAGAAACUUGUGACGAGCCGAUGAUACCAGGAAAAAUAAUCUGCACGAAGCCACGAACGAAAUGUUGUCAGAAACCGAAAUGUUGCCGAACCGAAAAGAAACCGAGUUGUACCAAAGUAGAACCACCACCUCCACGAUCGUGCUGCCAAAAGAAAAAGAAGAAAAUUUGUAAACGUUAUUGUUGCCCCUCGUUAAAAGUGACUGAUUGUAUUUCAAACAGAGCUACAUGUCCAGGAAAAUGCACCGACAAAGUAGUCAAAGAUGACAAUCAAGAAAUGGACGAUCCCUCUUGCUUAUCACCCGAAGAACUCUCCUGUCAAAAAAAAAACGAUUGUGACAACAACGACAACGAUUGUUGCUCGAGUCGUAACACAUGUUGCUCUCCAAAGAAAUGUAAUAAAAGUUUCAGUUGCAUGAACGAUAAGGACGAAGACUGUCUCGAUACAAUCCAAAGUCGGCAAGAUUCGUGUUGCAAACCUAAGAAGAAAGAUUGUUGCAAUCGCAGCUGUAAGAGAUCAAAAAGUUGUGGUAACAGACGUUAUCACUCUGGAGCGAAAUCUCGUAGGACAAAAUCUCACGUGUCCAUUCCAAUAUUCGACGUCAGUGUGGUCGUAUCAAGACCCUAUCAAAACGAUCCCGUCCUACGGUUCUACAGCACUUGCGAAAAUGAUUGGAAGCCACCAUCGUCGUGUAAAAAGGAUAAACAGGAAAAAUGUAAGCCGAAGUGUAAAAAACCAGAACCCCCCAAUUGUUUAAAUGCCAAGAAGAGUAAUUGUGACAAGCUGCUAGAAAGUCUAUCUCUAUCAAAGGAUUCUUGUGACAAACCAAAGAAGGAUCCGUGUACUGUUAAGAAAACCGAUGACACGUGUUGCCAACCAAAAACUUGUGAUCAAAAAGAUACUCUUCAAGCCAGGUGGGACAGGGAAUUACAGGAAAUAAAGAAAUGCAAAAAUAUCGGUAAGAAUGAUUCGUGUAAGAAGAAGUGCGACGAAAAUAAAUGUAAUAAGUUCGAAUCGAUCGAUUUAUCGGACGAUUUCGAUCUUCGAUGUCCCUCUUUCCAACUCAGCAAGUCGUUUAUACCGUUUUGCCUGGGAACAAGCGACUCGUCUCUGUUGAACUUUGGGAUGAAAUCUAAUAACAUUAUACCCAACCGAUCGUUCUCUAUGACAAAAAUUACAAAAGAUAUUUAUAGAGACGAGUUGCCAAUUCUCGUCGAGACUGAAUUGCCUGAAAAAGAAUGGGCCGACGAAGAGUCAUCUUCCGAAUAACGAUAAUUUAUUUCGAUUACUAAUUUGUUAAUCCGAAAAACAUCUAUAAUAUGUUUCAAAAAAAAGAUAACGCGAGGGAAAUGCUAACCGUGAAACUCGGUACAUCCCAUGUCCUUAUAUGUCGGUGCAUUGUCCUUUAAUAUAAUACAGAAUCGAAUAUUGAUUUAUAGAAAAUUUUCAAACAAUAUAAUUCCUCAUUAAAAUAUCCGUUCAUUCCUAUUCCCAUAUGAUUCAAUUCAUAAAUCUUUUUUUUUUAUAAAUAAAGUUCAUCUCACGCUCUUUUCAUUCGAAUGAUUCAAGUGCAAAAUUAUGUCUGAACAAAGGAAAAAAGAAUCGAAAAGAGCAUCGUAAUUGAAAGUAACAAUAAUAGUAAUAAUAAUAUUUUCUAAUAAUACCGAGAUAAAAUAGCAAUUAAUCCCUCUGUAAUACUAUAUAUCUUUUCAAAAUUGCAUGCUUACAUAUUCAUGUUUUAAACUAACUUUCAUAAAAUUUAUUUCAUUUUAUACGUAAAUA